CAAUGGUGCGGUACCUUGUUCCGAAAGCUCCCGCCUGGAAUUUGCUUCAAUUGAGCAACGCAACAAUCUCCAAACCGAUCACCUCAACACACACCUCAAUCCACCGUCAAAAUGGCUUUUGCGUGGAAAACCGCUGGCCUCACCUACAACCGCUACCUCGCCGUCGCCGCCCGUGUCGUGCGCCGAAGCCUGAAGGACGACAAGCGCAUAGCCGCCGAGCGCCGAGGCGAAAUGGAACUGCGAUUUGCCAAGUGGGAGAACGGCAAGAUGGGCGAACCCAAGAGCUUGGCCGAGGCUAACGCUGCUCAAGCUGUUGAGUCCGCCAACAGCUCUUAAACGGCGUGCCCAAACAUCUCGACAUAAUAGACAAAACGAUGGAAGGCGCUUGUACUAGAUCUCGGAGCCGGCUACGAUAGAAUGAAGGGAAGAUCCACGAUGGGGAUUAGGAAACUAUCUGCACAGCCCUCGUGUAAAGCUGUAUAAAUAAACCGCAUAAAGGCAUUUCCAUCUUAGUUGUUGACAUGCUACAAUUUUUUUUUUUUUUUUUGGUCCCGCGAAUUAUCACGAGAUCGCAUUGUGAUGAUCUUGAUCGUCAUGUUUCGAGACAUUUAACUGGCUGGUUUUGACAAGUCUCGGUUGUUGGCUAGUAUUUUCGUCAACUGCGUCGACUCUGUAAUGACCUCGACGGCUUAAAUGGCGGCAAUCAAAUUUAUCGGGGCUGCCAACCCAUUGGUAAAAUAACUGCAUUGUAGAGUAGGUAGGUAGCUCCGCCUAUUACUAUUGCACAGUUAGGUAGACUCUGGGUUAGGCGAUGCAUUGGCAAAUUACAGCGCUUGAACAUGCUACUCAGGUAUGCUGCCCACAAU